AUGAUCGAUCUCACGCCCGAGGCCCACGAGAACUAUGUCGGGUGCGUAGUCACGAGCGUCUUGACGACGUUAAUUCUGGCUCUCAGAAUUUACUCUAGACUAGACAGCGGCCAGAGGUUGUUGCUCUGCGACUAUCUGUGCAUUCUAUCCUACGCCAUCUUCAUUGGAUACUGUGCUCUGCUAUGGAACUAUAUUUUCCACGUUUCCGAGGUCGGUGCAUUCGAAGGCCAAUUCACACCUACGAACCACCCCACGGUCAGCGCCAAAGAGACCGGCGAUUUUAUGAAGAUGGGGUACAUUGCCAUGAUCCUAUUCACGACCAUGGUCUCUGUGGUUAAAGUGAGCAUCUUGUCGUUUUACUGGACCAUCUUUUCCAUCGACGCUCUACAAAGACGCAUCAUCAUCGGCACACUGGCUCUUUCGAUUGCCUGGUUCAUCGGGUUCAUAUUCACCAUCAUUUUUCAGUGCAAACCGGUCAGCGCCUUGUGGGAGAAGUGGUUUGAAGUCGGGCACUGCCUGUCGACACCGAAGCUCUUGCUGGCAGUCGAACUGUCCAACUUACUCAUCGACGUCGUCAUUUUAUCCAUCCCGGCAUUUUUUGUGAACCGACUGCAGUUGGACACUCGGAAGAAGUGGGCGGUGCUGGGCAUGUUCUUGAUGGGAGCGGCCGUCUGCGUGGUGAGCAUUGUCAGAAUAACACAUAUUUGGAAGCCGCCUAAUGUUGUCGCAAACUUCGAUACCUCCAAGACGAUCCUCUGGUCAACGAUACAGAUGGGCAUGGCCAUCAUUUGCGCAUGCCUACCUACUCUGGGUCACCUUAUCAAGAGCAGCAAAUUGAGCUCCAAGGCUAGAACAUGGUACGGUUCUCUACGCGAUCGACAGGGAAGCUCGGGAUAUCAAAUCAGCAGCAAUCGCAGCAACACCGGUCGGCCAUGGGCAGGGGACGGGAACGAUCGAUUUCACGCAGCGGCAGGUAAAGCCUGGGACAAGCUCCCGAACGAUGGUUCAGAGUCGGACCAUAUCCCUCUGGAUCCUCUGCCGCCCAAGCAAAUACGAGUUCAGAAGGAUAUACAAGUGUCGUGA